AUGUUGGGGCGCGCAGCGCGGCGGCGCUGCCCGCGGGGGCUGCGGCGCGGCCGGGAGGCGCUGCUGGCCGUGCUGGUGUUGCUAGCAUUGGCCGGGCUGGGCUGGAAACUUCGGGAACGACGUGGGCCCACGGCUGGAGCCGGGGCCAGGGACACCCAGCUGAGACCCCAGCGCAUCCCGCGCACGGGGCGGCGCGAACCGGUGCUGCCGCGGCCGCCGGUGCCUGAUGACGCACUGGGCGCGCGGGGCGAGGCGGUGCGGUUGCAGCUGGAGGGCGAAGAGCUGCGGCUGCAGGAGGAGAGCGUGCGGCUGCACCAGAUCAACACCUACCUCAGCGACCGCAUCUCGCUGCACCGCCGCCUGCCYGAGCGCUGGAACCCGCUAUGCAAAGAGAAGACAUAUGAUUAUGAAAACUUGCCCAGGACAUCCGUUGUCAUAGCGUUUUAUAAUGAAGCCUGGUCAACACUCCUUCGGACAGUUUACAGUGUCCUCGAGACAUCCCCGGACAUCCUGCUAGAAGAAGUUAUCCUGGUGGAUGACUACAGCGAUCGAGAGCACCUGAAGGAGCGCUUGGCCCAGGAGCUGUCGGGCCUGCCCAGGGUGCGCCUGAUCCGMGCCACCAAGAGAGAGGGCCUGGUGCGAGCCCGGCUGCUGGGGGCGUCUGUGGCCAAGGGCGAAGUGUUGACCUUCCUGGACUGUCACUGCGAGUGCCACGAGGGGUGGCUGGAGCCACUGCUGCAGAGGAUCCACGAGAAGGAGUCUGCGGUGGUGUGCCCCGUGAUUGACGUGAUCGACUGGAACACCUUCGAGUACUUGGGCAACUCCGGGGAGCCCCAGAUUGGUGGCUUCGACUGGCGGCUGGUGUUCACGUGGCACGUGGUUCCUGAGAGGGAGAGGAGGCAGAUGCAGUCCCCAAUCGAUGUCAUCAGGUCUCCAACGAUGGCUGGUGGGCUGUUUGCAGUGAGUAAGAAAUAUUUUGAAUAUCUGGGGUCUUAUGAUACAGGAAUGGAAGUCUGGGGAGGAGAAAACCUCGAAUUUUCUUUUAGGAUCUGGCAGUGUGGCGGGACUCUGGAAACACACCCGUGCUCCCACGUGGGCCACGUUUUCCCCAAGCAAGCUCCCUACUCCCGCAACAAGGCACUGGCCAACAGCGUCCGCGCAGCCGAAGUGUGGAUGGACGGCUAUAAGGAGCUCUACUACCACCGCAACCCCCGCGCGCGCCUGGAACCCUUUGGUGAUGUGACAGAGAGGAGGCAGCUCCGGGAUAAACUCCGAUGCAAGGAUUUCAAAUGGUUUUUGGAAACGGUGUAUCCAGAACUGCAUGUGCCUGAGGACAGGCCCGGCUUCUUCGGGAUGCUCCAGAACAGAGGAGUGAAAGACUACUGCUUUGACUAUAACCCUCCCGAUGAAAACCAAGUGGCAGGACARCAGGUCAUUCUCUACGUCUGUCACGGCCUGGGCCAGAACCAGUUUUUCGAGUACACAUCCCAGAAGGAGAUCCGCUAUAACACCCACCAGCCAGAGGCCUGCAUCGCCGUGGAGCCGGGGACCGACGUCCUCAUCAUGCACCUCUGCGAGGAUACUGUCCCCGAGAACCAGAAGUUCCUCCUGCGGGAGGAUGGUUCCUUAUUUCACGAACAGUCCCAUAAAUGUGUCCAGGCUGUGAAGAAGGAGGUCGGUAACAGUUUCGUGCCACUCUUACGGGACUGCACCAACUUGGAYGAUCAGAAAUGGUUCUUCAAGGAGCGCAUGUCAUGAAGCGUCACUGUGCCAAGCAGCCUUUGAGGGCCUCUGGACUGUGCCCCACAGAGACUUGUCAGUAUGGUGACCGGAGCCCACCACAAACUCGGCUGCUGUGCUUUUUUUAAGGGAACUUUACCAUUUGUGAACAUGUUGGAUUUAGUAAGAAAUGUGAAUAAACUUUGUACUGAUUUUGAAAACUUUUUAAAAUGUUCCAAAAUACCCAUUUUUCAAGGGUAAUCAU